AAGAACUGAUCAGAGAAGUCGAGAUGGGCCCUUUCAAGCACACAGUAGACGACGGAUUGGAUCUUCGUAAGGCAGCGUUCGAGUGCAUGUACACCUUACUGGACUCGUGUCUCGACAGGUUGGACGUCUUUGAGUUUCUGAAUCAUGUAGAGAACGGUCUUAGAGACCAUUAUGAUAUCAAGAUGCUGACUUACCUUAUGACCGCGCGACUCGCGCAAUUGUGUCCGACUGCAGUUUUGCAAAGGUUGGAGCGAUUAGUCGAUCCGCUGAAGACUACUUGCACAAUGAAAGUGAAGGCGAACUCGGUGAAGCAGGAGUAUGAGAAGCAAGACGAAUUGAAACGCUCUGCAUUGAGAGCCGUUGCAGCAUUGUUAACUAUUCCUGAUGCAGAUAAAAAUCCGUCAUUGAGCGAGUUUGUUGGACAAAUCAAAGCCACGCCGGAACUGCUGCCGCUCUUCGAGAUAAUACAAAAGGACUGCACCGGCAGUAACGUGAACGAAGCAAACGCAAUGGAUCAGAGUUAAGAGUAAUUGACUUAAUUCUUUUUUGUAUCUCGUAUAGAUGAACGUGGGUUAAGCGCAUUCGUGAUCAUACUCUAUCCAUAGUUUAUUUCUAUACAUUAUUUUUUCAUUAUUACAUCUUCGAUUUGAAGGUAGUUUCUAAUAAAUGUGAGUUAAUGUAGCACAUCAUGUAUAAAUUUUAAAAUAAAUUUGCCGGCAAUAAUCACUUUAUCA